CUGACGAAAAACUGCGGUGUGAGACAGUGUUACAUCCGGGACAUGUUCAGAGCGCGGGAGUUGUGAAAACCUUUCUGAGUUCGUUAUUUGUUGUGGUAGAGAAUUUUCGAGCUCUGCUGACAUUUCUCCUUUAUUUUAGAUCCAACAAACUGGAUUUUUGGGAGAGGAACUGUCGGUGACAUCCAGUCGCAGUCAUGACGCUGUCGCAGGACCCGAAUGCGGUGGACAAACGGUUCGCCCACCUUCUCCAGCCAAUCAAAGACCUCACCAAGAACUGGGAUGUCAACCUUGCUGCUGAGUUAGAGAACUACCUGGAAGAGCUGAACACCAUUCCCUUCUCCUUUGAUGGAGGUCUGUCCACUAUGAACUUUGUGGAGGCUGCGCUUCUCAUCCAAGGCUCGGCCUGCGUCUACAGUAGAAAGGUGGAACUGCUCUACACCUUGGUCUACCAAAGUCUGGAGAUGCUGGCCAGCAAAAAGAAACAGAGGCAAGGUUCAUCCCUGGAUGAGGAUGGCCAGGACAAGGAUGCUCCAGCCAGCAAAGGGUGGGAGGAACCUGAGUUUCUGAGCUUGGACGAUGACAACCAGUUACGGCCUGGCAAAAGAAGUAUCGAGUUGAAGCCAGACCAGAACAAAAAUGUUGUGAUAGUACAGCGAGUGCCCAUGGCUCUGACUCCACUGGAGGAGGGAGAGAAGAGAGAUGCUGAACUAGUCAGUAAGAAAGGUGAAACCUUGGGCAGUCGUCUGGACUUCACUGUGAAUUUUGCCCUACUGCACUCCCCCGAUACCCUCAUGUUGGACCGGUCCAACUGCACCAAGCUCAAUCUGACUGAAGACCCCAGAUGGACCACACCAGGUACUGGGUUGGAGGCAGUUCCUGGGACAGAGAUCCUUCCACCACCACCUGAUCUACCCAUGAACACAAGUGUAUGCAGUGAUGAUGGAGGUGCAGACCCCCUACCCCUUGGGGAUGAUCCAGUAGACAUGGGGGAUGAUCCAGUAGACAUGGCUGGGGGAGAUGUAGAGUGGGACAACCCCGGGAGGAACGCUGCAAGUGAGCCCAGGAACCUGCGGCCAAGAGUACAAGUUGUGGAACCGAAAGAAAAGGUACAGAAGGACCCCUGGAAGAUGUUAGAUCCACAUGAAGAACAACCAAACACAAAAGUCAAGUCGCUGCCUUUCAAAAAAGGUGUACCAUUCCAAGUGCUGCCUGGACUGUCUGGUAACACCAAGAAGAGGAAACUGAAGGCAGCCAGCACCCAACUGGAACCACUUCCCGAUCUCAUCUCUAAGACAGUUUGGGGAGACAAGAGGCUUCCUACCAACCCAACAAAGAGACCAACAUUUGCUGCACUGGAGCACAUGUACUGGGAUGCCAUGAGAAAACGUCGGGAACUCCAAAAACAGCUAAAGACAGAAAAUGUUCCAGAAUACUUGGAGGAAGAAGAGGAUGAACAAGAAGGGUUCCCUGUCCUUGAUCAUAAUGAUGAUGAUGAUGAUGACGGUGAUGCUGGAGACUUUGGUGGAGACAUGAUGGAGGCAGUUGGCAUGGAGAUGGCCCCACCCAUGCCCACCGGUCUGGAGGAGGAACCCCCAAAAGAUAGCAUGGUGCACACAUACGAGGACAUGGUCAGACAAUAUGUGGAUGGGUUUCUGGAGAGUGCACAGUACAUCCAGGAGACUCAGCUGUCCAGACGGAUCAGGGAGUGGGAGGAGAAGAUCCUGCCUCACCUGGAGCAAGAGGAGAAGCACGGUCCCUUUGACAUCCACAGUUGUGCUGACCAGUUACUGGAGAGUUUCCACACUGUCGGGGAAGUCCGCCCGCUGCACGAGGUGUGCCGUGGUCAGGCAGCCUGGGGGGUCUGCAGGACGUUCGCUUCCUCUCUUCAGCUGGCAAACAACAUGAACUUGGAGAUUGGCCAGACGGGGGUCGCUGACAGCGCAGUGAACACCAUGACCCUGACCUUGCUGUCCAAGGAGCGGGCACAGGAGCGCUUCCAGGACUACCAGGCGCCGUCUCUUACACAGAAAACCAAAAAGGGACACAAAUAACCAGGCACAAGUGUGCACAAGGCACAAAAAUUCAUAUUUGUAACUGUCCUCAUGUGAUAUUCAUAUUUGUAACUGUCCUCAUCCCUCUUGGUGUAAACAGAUUUUUUAACUUGUACUGUCUCCUCACAAAAGGGUAAUGGUGGAUCUACGGACAACACAUAUAAUGUAUGAGGCAUCUAGUCCUCAACCUACCUCAUAUACACUGUAAACAGUAAAGAAGAAUUGUUGCUGUUCCAACAGCUAGAAGAGGGUUAAGAGUGCCACAGAAAGUGGCCAGCCCAUUCAGACUUAUCAAGGAGUAUCCAGAUUGUUUCCUUGUGUUGUAGUGUGCUUGAACUCUCUUCAACUCUCAUUGAAAGGCUUCUUUCCCCUCCAUCUACAGUCUUUGAGGCAACCUCUAAGUAGUCCCUUCUUACAUUUUGUUGUAUUCUUCUUUGGUUUAAAUUGAAUCGUAAAUGCUGUAUAUAUAUUACUAGUAUGUUAAUCUGUCUAGUCUUUUCUUAGCCUGGGUACCAGUCCGCUGUGCUAUAGUGCUCAUCACUUUGGCCCUGUCGCCUAACACAGCACGCGGGCCUAGAUUAUCUAUCACAGGAUAGAUAUUACUGGUAGACACUGGGUGCCAGUUAGGGCUGGGUGCCAAUAUAGAUAGGGUGCCAACUCUAUAGGAGCUUGUGACCUUCCCUGUUGAAAGGGCUAUACCCAGUAGUUAUGCACAAAAGGGCUAUAGUUUAGCGCAAUGGAACUAGUAUCCAGGCCAGUCUUUUCUGUAUUAUAAGCCUUCCAUAAAAGACCGAAAAUUUGGCAACUGUAGUGUAUUAGGCAGUGAAUAGUUACAUAGUAGUACAUGUCUUGACAAAAUAGUAAAUAUCUGAAAUACCUUUUUACACCAACAGCCUGCUCAAAUCCCAUCUACAAUGCAGUGUGUUUGUUAUGUACCAGUAGAUAUACUCAAUGUAAGUGGGUUGAACAAAUAUUUAAAAGCUUUCCUUUCACAAUA